AUGAGGGUCCUCACCCCACCAUCUCCAGAGGUGAGAGGUCAAAACACAGGCUUCAGGAGCCUCAGUGCCAUGAAUGGCUCUUCUCUUCUGUUCACAGAACUGGACCCUGGCCCAUUUUUCCCCUCGUUGGGGGCGAACAUCGCCAUCAUUGCAGGCGUGAUCGCCGCUAUAGCCAUCGUCCUGAUCUGCCUCCUCAUCGUCAUGCUACGCUACAUGUACCGGCACAAGGGCACAUACCACACCAAUGAGGCCAAGGGUACAGAGUUUGCUGAAAGCGCAGACGCAGCCCUGCAGGAUGACCCCUCCCUCCAGGACACAGGUGACAACAGCAGAAAGGAGUACUUUAUCUGAGGGGCACCAGGCCUCACCUCCCCCAAUGCCUCCUUCAACUCCAUAAGAGAAGAUACAUCCCACAGCCCCAACCUGCUAUCUGCACCACCAGGCAGACCAUGAGAGCACCCACCUCAUCCCAAGAUACACACCUGGCCUGGGAACACUAGGUGCCAGCCUGGGGAGAGAGAGGGAAGAAGGAGGGACUGAGCCGUGAGAGGCCUGUCCCAGGCACCAGGGGAUGCAGUGGCCACCCAGGAGGCCUGCCUUUGCUCUGCCAGAGGAAGAAAGUCUGGGUUCUCCUGGACAGUGCAGUUUGUCAUCAGCAUGGUGUGAAAGUCCUUGCUGGGUGGGUGGGCCUGAGGGCUGGGGAAGCAAGGAAGUGAGUCAUCUGUAAGCUGACUGGGGAUAAUGGCAUCAAAUGUCAGUCCUUGACAUUUGGGGGGAACAGCAGGUGCCAGAGCUAAAAGGCACUUUUGUCUCCCAUUGAUCCAGCUCUAAAUGAUUGGAAAUAAAUUUGAAAUGUAACCAAGCA